GUUUGUGUUGGCUGUGGGCAGUGCGGUCUUCGAUGCAAUGUUUAAUGGUGGAAUGGCCACAACUUCUACAGAGAUUGAACUGCCUGAUGUGGAGCCUGCUGCCUUCCUAGCUUUGCUAAAAUUUCUUUAUUCGGAUGAGGUUCAGAUUGGCCCAGAGACUGUUAUGACAACACUUUACACAGCUAAAAAAUACGCUGUCCCUGCACUUGAAGCCCACUGUGUGGAGUUCCUAAAGAAAAACCUCCGAGCAGACAACGCAUUCAUGCUCUUAACCCAGGCAAGACUCUUUGAUGAACCUCAGCUGGCCAGCCUGUGCCUAGAGAACAUAGACAAGAACACAUCAGAUGCCAUCAAUGCUGAAGGGUUCACAGACAUUGAUUUAGACACCCUGGUUGCGGUGCUGGAGCGGGAUACCUUGGGGAUUCGGGAGGUUCGUUUGUUUAAUGCAGUGGUUCGCUGGUCGGAGGCAGAAUGUCAGCGGCAGCAACUUCAGGUGAUUCCAGAGAACAAGCGGAAAGUACUGGGCAAAGCGCUUUCUCUUAUUCGCUUCCCACUGAUGACUAUUGAGGAGUUUGCAGCAGGGCCUGCCCAGUCAGGAAUUCUGACUGACCGGGAAGUGGUUAGCCUGUUUCUCCACUUCACUGUCAAUCCAAAACCCCGAGUGGAGUUCAUUGACAGACCACGCUGCUGCCUGAGAGGGAAGGAGUGCAGCAUCAACCGUUUCCAGCAGGUGGAGAGCCGCUGGGGGUACAGUGGGACUAGCGACAGGAUCAGGUUCUCGGUAAACAAAAGGAUAUUUGUAGUUGGGUUUGGACUGUAUGGAUCAAUACAUGGGCCGACAGACUACCAAGUAAAUAUACAGAUCAUCCACACAGACAGCAAUACAGUACUGGGUCAGAAUGAUACUGGCUUCAGCUGUGAUGGAUCCUCCAGCACUUUCCGGGUCAUGUUUAAAGAGCCUGUUGAGAUUUUACCCAACGUCAGCUAUACAGCGUGUGCGACGCUAAAGGGUCCAGAUUCUCACUAUGGAACCAAAGGACUGCGCAAAGUGAUCCAUGAAUCACCAACAACAGGAGCCAAAACCUGCUUUACUUUCUGUUACGCGGCUGGGAAUAACAACGGCACUUCUGUGGAGGAUGGACAGAUCCCAGAGAUUAUCUUCUAUACAUAGUGCAGCUGUUGGAAUCAGGUGUGCUGGGUGAACGUUUGUCCCUCCCUUGCCCCAAUGCCUUUCCAAAUGAAAUUGCUGGCUGAGGUGGACCGUGCCAGUGGGAGCCACACUAGCCAAAGGUCUCACUAAAAUAAUUAAUUGUAAAGCUCAUUUUGCCUUGUGCUAGUGAUGCUGCUGCUACCACCACCAUAUACAGACUAACUGGUUUACUGGUGUCAUUUGUAGGUUGCCUGUGGCUAGUAACUCUUCAUUUUACCGAAAACCGUCUAAUUUCGUGGUUUCUUUUAUUGUAAUGAAUGUAGAUGCUUUUACAUCAGUUGGAAGCAUGGAAACAAGUGGCUCUGAUUGUGGUUAAAUUCUCCACUAGGUGACAAUUCUGCAAAAAGAAAAUUCCUAUUGAGGGUCAUACUGACUUUCUUCUUCCUCAGCCUUAUUUGGGAUUGGGAUGAGAGGGUUGCCAGGCCGAUUCAGCAGUGCUGCCAAAAUGGGCAAGUUUCUUUGAGAGAGGUUUCACGAGAACGUGCCUGCCAUGCUGCCAGGCUGUAUGUACCUUCGCUGUUUUCAGAAAAAUAGGGAAACUGGUGUUCACGGAGAUUUUCCUGUUUCAGCACUGCAUAUUGUGGGAGACCUCAGAAUGGACUCCCAGCUCCAGGAGAGCACCUCUGCAGAGACAGACCAGCGUUUUCAUGUGGAUGUUUUUGCUAAUUUGAGAUAAUCCUUUAAAUUGGACAGUUAGUGUAACCCAACAGAGACCCCUUGUGGCUAGAUGAUCCUGUAUGUAGGUGGAGAGGCCCAGUAGAUCAGUACUUAGCAGAGCACCUUUUGCUGCCUGCAUGCAGGCUCUCCUGCUCUGUCCUGGGGGUGCUUUUUGCAAUGUUUUCUGUAUCCUAUUUAAACAAAUAGGGGAUAUUAAAAAACAUUCCCUGUACAGUGUUUAGCAGCAGGGAAUCCAUACUGGGAGCUGCCACCCUGGUUGCUUCUACCUGACAAUGUGCCUCACUUGGCUCCAGUGUAAAGUAUAUUGCUGCUGUUUUCUGGCAGGUUGCAACUUGACUCUUCUGCUGUCUCGUUUUCUUUGCAUCACUAACAGUUCAUACUGGGUCAGAGCUCUGAUGCAAGAGAGGAAGGGGUUUGGUGUUGA